AUGGCGGCUGGGCUGACAGCCGGGACCCCGGGCGUCGUGUCUCCUCCUUGCGCAGUGACUGUGCCAUGGCCUGGAGCCCUCUCUGGGCAGCUCUGCACCCGCAGCGCCGCAUCUCUUCCCUAUUGUGCCGGAACCACUGGACGCUGCCCGCCUAGGCCCUGGCAGCUGGGGGUGGGCGCCGUCCGGAAGCUGCGCACGGGACCCGCUCUGCUCUCGCUGUGUAAAUUCACAGAGAAACAGGUAACAACAGAAAAUGGUAUUGGAACACUGGGAAUCAGCAAUUUUGCACAGGAAGCGUUGGGAGAUGUUUACUGUAGUCUGCCUGAAGUUGGGACAAAAGUGAACAAACAAGAUGAGUUCGGUGCUUUGGAAAGUGUGAAAGCUGCAAGUGAACUCUAUUCUCCUUUAUCAGGAGAAGUAACUGAAAUUAAUGAAACUCUUGGGGAAAAUCCAGGACUUGUAAACAAAUCUUGUUAUGAAGAUGGUUGGCUGAUCAAGAUGACACUGAGUAACCCUUCAGAACUAGAAGAACUUAUGAGUGAAGAAGCAUAUGAGAGAUACAUAAAAUCUAUUGAGCAGUGAAAAUGGAACCCCUAAAUAAACUAGUGUGAAAUAACGCAACCCAGCAGAGUUGUCCUGAAUUAGUAGUGGAUGGAAGAUUUAGAAUAGCAACUUUUAGCAUUACCAAUGGGGA